AUGUCUGCUGACCUGACUUUCAUGAAGUCAGUGUCAUCAGUAAAUACAACAUUUAUUCGUCCCUCCAGCUUUUACAUCACAGGACUUCACAAUGUCCCACAUGCAAAGUAUUACUAUGUGUUUCUGUGUUUUGUGUAUGCUGUGACUGUUUUAGGGAACUUGUUUAUAAUGGGCACCAUAUACCUGGCACGCAGCUUACACACUGCUAAAUAUGUAGCUGUAUUCAACCUGGCUUUGUCUGAUCUGUGUGGUAGCUCUGCUCUCAUUCCAAAGCUUCUGGACAUGUUUCUGUUUGAGAAUCAGUACAUAUCGUAUGAAGCCUGUCUAGCAAACAUGUUUUUUGUUUAUGUCUUUAUGACCCAACAGUCUCUUACACUGCUUGCUAUGGCCUAUGAUAGACUAAUUGCUAUAUGUUUUCCAUUAAGAUAUUGUGCAAUUGUCACCAAAACAUCAAUGACGUUGAUCAUCUGUGUUUUGUGGAUUCUCUCUCUGAGUGUCACUGUUCUGAUGGUAGCUCUAGUAACCCGACUGUCCUUCUGUAGAUCCACUACAGUUCACAGCUAUUUCUGUGACCAUGGUCCUGUCUAUUACCUAGCAUGUAAUGAUAACUCCAUGAAUUCCAUUAUUGGCAGUGUCUGUACUGCUGGACUGCUUUACAUUCCAUUGAUAUUAAUAGCUCUCUCAUAUGUUUGCAUUGGCUUUGCUUUACAGAAGAUCUCACAUGGAGCUGAGCGAAAGAAAGCUAUAAAAACCUGUAUCUCCCAUGUCAUAUUAGUAGGCAUGUUUUAUCUACCAUUUAUUAGCGUCUUUACUGCAGCUGUUACAAAAUUUAUAGAUACAAAUGUUGCAAUGAUUAGUAUUGCUUUGACACAAACCAUACCAUCUAUGUUAAACCCCAUCAUAUAUACACUAAAAACAGAGGAGGUAUUGCAGUCUAUUAAAGUACUUUACAAACGAACAACAGUGAAUUCUACAAUGGAAACAGUUGUGAAAAAGACUGUGAAGACUUAA